AUGCCGCCGCCGCCGUCGUCCCAAGUGGAGGUGCUGCUGCGGAAGCUCUUUCAAGCGGCUAAACAGGCGCCGGUACAGGGGAGUGGAGACGGGGAUGGCGAUGAAAGGGAGUUCCUCGUCCUCGCCGAGAUCGCUGCGCUCCAGGGCACUGGCAAGCUCCCAGUGGCCGUGAACUUGAUGCACGUCGGUGUCUUGUACGUCCUGAAUGGCGCGGAUCGCGACAGGGAGCCUGGUCAGUUCACUUUUCACGACUUGUGCGACUUUGUCGAACGAUGCGAAGCAGAAGAGAAGGCUUCGUCUCGGGGGACUCAAGUCCCGACGUUCUUUCGACAAACCAAAGAAGCUCGGUGUUUGUUGGAUAUGUGGGAAGUCGCGACGGCCGAGGGUGUUCCUGCAGUCACAUCGUGGCUCAUGCACGUCCUUCGCGAGAACGGUAAAGCUUUACGCGGGUACCGCGCGGACAGCGACAGCAUCAGCACAGAUACAUUGAAUCUCCUCGGCCGCGUGCUGUACAUGGACGACGGAUGGGUGGCCGACAUCGCCCGGGCUCAUGACGUGCACGACGACCCAUCCAAGGAAACAUGGCGCCGCCUCGCGGACGUCGCUGAGUACGUGAACGCGUUCAUGGCCGGUUGGAUAGAUCAGCUUGGCCGAGUGGGGGUCACCGCUGCUGCAGAGAUAUCGUUCAGGUCAUCCAGAUAAGCUUUGAAACCGACCUUCUUCCAUGCCGA